AGCUUGAGUUUCCGCUCUAUAAUUAUUUUAUUUCCAUCGAUCACGAGACAUCGCAAGCGGUACGAUUUUCAUACCUUAAACUCCACUAUCGUAAAGGUAGUUAUGAAGGUAAUAGGCGCAGGACUACCCAAGACCGGCACCAAAUCUCUCGCAGCCGCGCUGAGGCAUCUUGGCUGCACUGUACACGAUGUGGAAGAACACUGGCGAUUCUACUGUGAUGAGUACAAUGCUGCUUUUGAAGGCAAUAUUCCAGACUUCAAGAAGAUGUACAAAGAUGUUGAUGCUACAACAGAUUCCCCUGCGUGUUACUUCUACAAAGAGAUCUUCAAUGCCUUCCCUGACUCCAAGGUGAUAUUGUCUGUCCGAGAGAAUGAAGAAACUUGGAAAAAAAGCUUGAUUAAGACUGAUGAAAUAAUGUGGUCUGUUCUGGAAAGUCCAGUGGUUAAAUUAGGUCAACACGUGACCCCAACUGGGAGAAAAUGCAUUCGCCUCGUGCAACGAGUUGGAAUUCACCUUCAAAAUGAAGUAGAUUACCGAAAGCACAAUGAUGACGUCAUCGCUUCUAUACCAGCCAAUCAGCUGCUUGUGUUUAAUCCUAAUACGCAUGAGGAAGGAAUUAAUGCUGGUGAUGUCUCUUUUCGUUCUACUGACUGCCUGUGUAGGUGCAGUAUUUUUUUCUUCGUGAAAUAGAGCCAAGAACGGAAAGAUCAUCAUUCACGCUCUCAGUCGGUUGUGUUUGAACUUUUCCUUUUUAAAAUACCACUUUUUUUCGAUUAGACCAAGGGAGCUUGGGAUACUUUGUCAGAAAAUCCAAAUCAAAUUGUGAAAAGUUUCCUAGCUCCCGUUAUUUCAUGCUACGGUGUUUUUUUUUUUUUUUUUUCAUUAUUAUUAUUUUUUUUAACUGCGGCGAUCCUUUCGAAAGAACGAACUUUACGAACUUUAAAGACUGGUAGUUUUCUAUUUUCUUCUGGAAAGCAGAAAGCAGGGCGUGCGGCUAGAUGCGUCUUCUUUUGCAGGCUACUACUGAAGUUAUUCAAUCCGCUAGCGUGGGCUUCCUGUGUCAGGCUGGAAGUUAUGAAUAUCAUUUGAUAAUUUGGUGCCCACAAGUCUGCACCCGCGAGUGUCACUCCCAAGAUUGUUCUUUUGUGUGUGUGGUUGUGUAUAUUAAAUCCUAUACGAAAUUAAUGUUUUUCUUUUUGAAAAUGUAUCAAAAAGAGAGAUAAUAACAUCAUUUUUUUAAUCAAAAAUGUUAAUAGAUAGGAGGCGUUUAUUAGAGCGGGGCGUUCUUUACAAACUAUAUCAAUAUAUCAACACCACAAACCCAA